AUACUGGACACAAUGAAACUAGUCACCAUUGCCCUGACGUGCGCACUCUUCUCCAAAGCAUACCCACUGGAUUGUUUUGAGUGUGCAGUCACUGGUACUGGAUCGUGUUCGCAGACAAAAACAUGUGAAGCAAGUCAGACCAAAUGUGCCAGUGUCACAGCAGCAGUCACUGCGGGAGGAAUACAGACUACUACAAAUAUUAAGUCAUGCACUGCACCAACUCAGUGUCUCGGUGGAUCUAUUAACAGUGAAAUCUUGAUGUUAACUGUUAACACCCAAUGCUGUGAAUCCAACUUGUGCAACAAUCAAGAACCACCAGUUAUAGCAUUACCAGAAUCCAGCACCAGUGGAAAAAAGUGUUUCACCUGUCUAGCUCCUGGUAACUGCACAAGUACUAUGGAGUGCAAGGAAGGUGAAGAUCGCUGCUUUAUGGUCACAGUGCCUCCAGUUGGGACGGUGAAGGGAUGUGCAUCCCAAAGUGUCUGUUCUGGAGCCCUGAAUCCUCAACUGGGAGCCAUUGUGGACCUGCACUGCUGUGAGGGAAACUUGUGCAACAACGCCCUGCGCAUCGGACAGAGCAUCCUCUUCCUCCUCCUGGUGCCUCUGGCCUCCUUCUUCCUCUUCAACUAAGCAGCACUUUGACCUGCACAGCCACCCUAACCCUCCUCGACUACUCGAGGAUGGUGCAAAUCAAAUAAAUUCAUACAAUGUUGGUUAAACUUGUUCAAUUUGAUUAAAAAUUGUUUUCUUUUCCUGGUUUUAUCAUUCCACUUCUCUGCCUUUAACUAAAUAUUCUGAAAUCAUUUAAUGUUGUUUUCAUUAUAGGUAACACAAAUGAGUUUGCAAUUCGACUGCUUAGCAGAGGCAUACAACCGCGAGACGAUUAUUUUGCUGGUUUGAAAUAAAAAUUUUAAGUAAAAUGCCUCCUUGUGUCAUGUAGAAUCACAUUAAAGAAUUGCAUAAGGGACACCUCAGUGAUCCACGUUAUAACCUACAUUGUUUGAACAUAUAGCCUACAGUGUUAUUGAUAUGCAUGAUGCAUAUUCAAAACACACUACAAAAAAUAUUUGGUUCUCUUCUCCAAGGAGUCAGUCAGUAGUCAUUGCUUGUAAUAUAGUUGUAAUGGUGCUGCAGAACUAAUUAAAAGUACAAUUUGAAUCCCAGUGUAGUCACAAUCAGAUCUGCACAGCCGUUGGGCCCUUGAGCAAGGCCCUUAACCCUGUAUUGCUCCAGGGGAGGAUUGUCUCCUGCUUAGUCUAAUCAACUGCUCUGGAUAAGAGUGUCUGCCUAAUGUAAUGUAAUGUAAAU